AUGCUUUAUUUUUUCAUCUCCGGCCUUGAUGUCUCUCCCGUCCUGCUUCUUGUUUGCUUGCUCGUCGUUUACUGGGCUUCACUUGUUAUAUUCCGACUCUAUUUGAGCCCUCUGUCUAAGUUCCCUGGUUCGAAACUCGCUGCUGCCACACUUUGGUACGAGUUCUACUAUGAAGUAAUUCAGAGGGGCCAGUUCUCCUUCAAGAUUCGAGAAUGGCACGAGCAAUACGGUCCCGUCGUCAGAAUCAACCCAUUUGAAAUUCAUGUUGAUGAUCCAGACGGGGAGUUCUAUCAUGUGGUAUUUGCAGGGACUGCAGUCCGAGAUAAACAUGAAUAUUAUACGGCACAAUUCGGGACAGGUAAAACAGGCUUUGGUACUGUGUCACAUUAUCUUCAUCGCGUUCGUCGGCGUGCACUCAAUCCGUUUUUCCAGCCGGCUUCUAUCCUCCAGUUUGAGCCUGUCAUCAGGGCCAACCUUGCCAAAUUAUGCGAGAGGAUUGAUCAGUACAGGAAAGCCGACCUUGGGGCUAUGCCUAUGCGUAUAGUCUAUAUGUGCUUGACAACUGACGUGAUCACAUCAUUUGCACUGAACUAUAGUUGGAAUCAUCUAGACAGCCCUGAUUUCAAUCCUUGGUGGUGGCAUACAACUCAAAACACUGCCGCAAUGUCGAAAUGGACCAAGCAGUUUCCUUGGCUUCUGCCAAUUUUCAAAUCACUUCCUGAUGUCAUCGUGGGAACUUUGAAUCCUGCACUUGUUUUAGUGCUGCACAUGCAGCGCAAAAUCAAAAACAUAGUUGAGGAUAUUUUGGAAGAAAAUCGCAAACAGGACCCAACCGAAUUAGAAGCUCCACGUACCAUAUUUCAUCAGCUUCUGGAUAGCGACAUGCCACCCAAAGAGAAGCAGCUCGAGAAUCUCUGGCAGGAAGGUCAGAACGUGCUCGGAGCCGGCGCCGAUACCGUCGCUCUCGUGCUAACCCUUACCACCUACUAUUUGUUGGAAAAUCCAUCGAAGCUGUUAAAAUUGAAAAACGAAUUGAAGGCAGCGUCCAAGGACAAGGAUUCACCUUUGAGUUUGGUCGAGUUGCAAAGCCUUCCAUACCUUACUGGUGUUGUACUUGAAGGCUUGAGAUUAUCGUACGGGACAACCACUCGCCUUACCCGUAUCGCACCCACAGAGGAUUUAAAAUUGCAGGAUUUAGUAAUUCCUGCCGGCACCCCGAUUUCAAUGUCAGCGAUUUGUAUGCAUCAUAAUGAGCAAAUAUUUCCAGAUUCCCACAGUUUCACUCCCGAGCGCUGGUCGGACCAGCCUGAUGGUGGGAAGGCUCUGGAGCGCUAUAUGGUUUCCUUCUCAAAGGGCUCAAGACAGUGCAUUGGCAUGGGUUUGGCAAAAGCCGAAAUUAUCCUUACAAUAGCCACAAUAUUCACCCGAUACGAUAACAUGGAACUGGUAGAUAUGGACUUCGAGCGGGAUGUUGCAUUGAAACAUGACAUGUUUCUGCCGCAGCCAAGUAAGGAAAGCAGAGGUGUACGAGUGUUGUUCAAGGCAAAUGGCACUGGUACAGAUAGUGGUAGCAACUAA